AUGGCCGAUUCAUCUGCGCUGCCCGAGCUUCCACAAGAAAGCAUCAACGACGCCUUGCAGGUGAACAAGGAUUUGGAGAGAGUUAUAGAAGCCGUGGAAGAUAUAUCCGUGCAGUUGACCUGGAUGGGUUAUGACAUGGUGGCACUGCGGACCAGUCCCGAGCUGGGGACUUCUAUGCAGAAACUGGAAGAAGCAUAUAAUAAAUGCAGAGCUAUUAUCUGUGGAGACCGACAAGAGCCCGAGUCAGAAAUGCAGACCCAGCUGAGGCAAUGUGAUCUGAUCGUGUGUGUUGGCCACCCUGACAAGAAGCCUCCUCUGAGAAUCCACGAGGCGCUGAAGCAGCAGCAGCAGCCCCCAGCAUGA